AUGAGUAUAGAAGUACAAAACUUACCCUCCAAUCAAAGAUCAACUUAUAACACGAAGAUACGUCAAUAUAAAGCACAAGUGGAGGACAGUAAAGAUAGAUUAAAGAAAUUGUUGGACGAUCAAGAUAAAUACGAAUUGUUUGGAAACAGAUAUACCGAUGAUGACUCUCAUGACGAUAUACACGAUUCACAACGUAAGCAGUUGUUGAAUAACAAUUCUUCACUAGAAAGGACGUCCGAGAGAUUGAGAGAUAGUCAAAGAAUAGCUCUCGAAACAGAAAAUAUUGGGGGUAACAUUCUUAACGAUUUAAGAUCCCAAAGAGAGCAAAUCAUGGGCUCUAGAAACACCUUAAUGACUGCCGAUGGAUACGUCGACAAGUCAAUCAAAACUUUGAAGUCAAUGAGCAGAAGAUUAACUGCAAAUAAAUUCAUAAGCUAUGCUAUUAUUGCUGUGUUGAUUUUAUUAAUAUUUUUGGUUCUUGCAAGUAAAUUUUGGUAA